AUGGGUGAAUUCGAUAAAAAAACAUUGGCAUAUCUUUCACAUUCACCUAUACUUUACCAAAGACCAUUUACACCAACAACAACAGCAGCAGUAUUGAUAAAUGAAACGGCACACAAUAUCAACAAUUAUUUGUGGAAAUAUCCUGCAUUUAUUGGUGAAACAUCAGUUAAUCUGACCAAUAUUAAUAUGAUUAUAGGUGGUGGUGGUGUAGUCAAACCUGACUACUUUAGAAAUGGAUUCGACUUAAUUAAUAACAACGAUCACAAUAACAUCCACAACCACCUAACAGCAGAUGGUGCACAACAAAUAUAUUAUCAACUGAAACAUCAUUUAACAAUAUUGUUACCAUUAACAUUCAUCAUAUCCGAUGAAGCUGAAAAUGAAGGUAACAAAGACUCAGUUCAUUAUUUUUUCAAUCCUAUUCGAAGAGAUUUUCUCAUACAACAAUUUUAA